AGGAAGCAGUACCUUGAAGAGAAACUGGAGAGUCAAUUCCUAGGAUAGCAGAGAGAUGGUCACCGCAGCGCUGAUCUUUGCCAUCACAGUUGCUACAAUGGGCUCUUUCCAAUUUGGCUACAACACUGGGGUCAUCAACGCCCCCGAGAUGAUCAUAAAGGAGUUUGUCAAUAACACUUUGAAGAACAAGAAAAACGCCCCUCCUUCUAAGAUGUUGCUCACGUCCCUCUGGUCCUUGUCAGUGGCCAUAUUCUCCGUCGGUGGUAUGAUUGGCUCCUUUUCCGUGGGACUCUUUGUCAAUCGCUUUGGCAGGCGCAAUUCAAUGCUGAUCGUCAACCUGCUGGCUCUAGCUGGGGGCUGCCUUAUGGGACUGUGUAAAGUGGCUGGGUCGGUGGAAAUGCUGAUCCUGGGCCGCUUGGUUAUUGGCCUCUUCUGCGGACUGUGCACAGGUUUUGUGCCCAUGUACAUUGGAGAGAUCUCGCCUACUGCCCUGCGGGGUGCCUUUGGCACUCUAAACCAGCUGGGCAUCGUUGUCGGAAUUCUGGUGGCCCAGAUCUUUGGUCUGGAAUUCAUCCUUGGGUCUGAAGAGCUGUGGCCAGUGCUACUGGGCUUUACCAUCCUUCCUGCUAUCCUACAAAGUGCAGCCCUUCCAUUUUGCCCUGAAAGUCCCAGAUUUUUGCUCAUUAACAGAAAAGAAGAGGAGAAUGCUACGCGGAUCCUCCAGCAGAUGUGGGGCACCCAGGAUGUAUCCCAAGAUAUCCAGGAGAUGAAAGAUGAGAGUGCAAGGGUGUCACAAGAAAAGCAAGUCACCGUGCUGGAGCUCUUUAGAGUAUCCAGCUACCGACAGCCCAUCAUCAUUUCCAUCGUGCUCCAGCUCUCUCAGCAGCUCUCUGGAAUCAAUGCUGUGUUCUAUUACUCAACAGGAAUCUUCAAGGAUGCAGGUGUUCAAGAACCCAUCUAUGCCACCAUCGGCGCAGGUGUGGUUAAUACUGUCUUCACUGUAGUUUCCCUAUUUCUGGUGGAAAGGGCAGGAAGAAGGACUCUGCAUAUGAUAGGCCUUGCAGGGAUGGCUUUUUGUUCCCUACUCAUGACUGUUUCUUUGUUAUUAAAGGAUGACUAUAAUGGCAUGAGCUUUGUCUCUAUUGGGGCUAUCUUGGUCUUUGUGGCCUUCUUUGAAAUUGGACCAGGCCCCAUUCCCUGGUUUAUUGUGGCCGAACUCUUCAGCCAGGGCCCCCGCCCAGCUGCGAUGGCAGUGGCCGGCUGCUCCAACUGGACCUCCAACUUCCUAGUUGGAUUGCUCUUCCCCUCUGCUGCUUACUAUUUAGGACCCUACGUUUUUAUUAUCUUCACUGGCUUCCUUGUUACCUUCCUGAUCUUUACCUUCUUCAAAGUCCCUGAGACCCGUGGCAGGACUUUUGAGGAUAUCACACGGGCCUUUGAAGGGCAGGCACAUGGUACAGAUCAAUCUGGGAAGGAAGGUGUCGUGGAGAUGAAAAGCAUCGAGCCUGAGAAGGCCACCACCAGUGUCUAAGUCAUGCCUCCUUCCACCUCCCUCCCGGCAUGGGAAAGCCACCUCUCCCUGAACGUCAGAGAGACCUCAUCAGGAUGAACCCAGGACAGCUUCUGAAUGCUGCUAUGUGAUUCCUUUCUUAUCCCACGCACUCCAUGAGCACCCCAAGGCUGGGGUUUAUUAGAUUUUUAAUGGCUUUUAAAAUAUUUUGUUUCCUGGACAUCCUCUUCUGCUUAGGAGAGACCAAGUGAACCUACCUUCAUUUCAGGAGGGAUUUGCCACUUGGCAUGUGACAACUUUGCUAGCUUUUCCUCCCUUGAGCUCUAAUAUUGCCCCACUAGGGGAUAUGGGAGAGGAAAAGUAAGGUGCAGUUCCCCCAGACUCAGACUCAUCAGGAAGCAGAUGAGUGUAGAAGGCAGAGGGGGUUUAUGUAAGAGCACCUUCUUCACUUCCACACAGCUCUACAUGGCAAGUCAACUUGAGUUUUAUUUAUUUUAUCCUCUGGUUUCAUAACAUAAAUAUUUAUUUUUUAAGUGUAAUUUUGCCAGAUAAUAAAAACAAAAGGAAAUAGUGGUUAGAGGAAGGAGUUUAAAGAGAGGUUAUAGAGUAGAAGAUUUGAUACUAGAGAGGUUACGGUGCAAUAAGCAGUUAGGGAGAAAUGCAGUUCAUUAUUGGAUAGUAAAUGAUGUAGUGCCUGAGGUCUGCAUGCUACCUCUUAACAAUUUCAGUCCCUCAGAUGGAAACUCUUGAGUUCAAUUUCUCAUAAAAGUCAUAUGCCUAUAUAUUAAAAUUACUGAUUUCCUUGGAACUUUUUUCUUUAAUAGUUUACAUGCAGUAGUACUUGAAAUCUAGGAUUAUUAACUAAUACGGGCAUUGCAGUUAAUGGCAGUUGAUGGGUUCUAAUUUUGGGUGGCAUCCAGGGAAGGGAAAGUUAUUUCUGGAAAGCCUGUUCCCCUUGCUGGACCAAACAACUCCUCCUUGUUUGGACUCAUUUGAAGUAAUCCCACCACCUAUCCAGUGGGAGAGCCAUCCAAAUGAGAAACCUACAGUAAGUGGUUCUUGGUAGACAUUCAUGAUUUUUCCACUUUGUUCUUUAGGAUAUUUUAGGUGUUGGUUUUUGUUUUAUUUUAACUCAUACCUUUAAAGGAAUUCCCCAAAGAAUGUUUAUAGCUAACUUGGAAUGUGUAACCUCAGCUCUGGGAGAGGAUUUUUUUCUGAACGACUAUUAUCUGAAGUGUGUUGUUGAUUUAGGGUCACGGCCUGCUUGUGUGUGUCUGUUACCACAUCACUGUGGUCCCGUGCCAAGUGCCCUUAGGGGACUUGAAUCUUUCCAGCAGACCACGUUUGAGAUAGUAUGAGUCACUGCGCAGUGUAGCCCACACUGAGGAUGAAUGUACGUGCACUGUCACUUUGCUCUGGGUGGAAGUAGGUUAUUUUGUUGACUUGUUUUCUCUGUGUUUGUUCCUACGGCCCCUUUUCAUAUGUUGCGCCAUCUCCCUUUCCCAUCCUGUUGCUUACACAUCUCAGACCCUUUGGCCAAACCCUUGCCAAUGACAGUGUUUUGGUACUCAGUUCUCACUGUUACCUGUGGUCGCGGAGGCUUUGAAUAAAAAUGCACAUAGCUAUGGAGUGGGGUUUAGCUGGAAAAGAUGACCUUCCAACUUCACGUCGACUUCUGGCUCCUCAAGCAGUAGGCUGGCAGUAAGGCAGGGAAGUUGUUUUCCCAUUUCUCACAGAGCAGAAUUGUGAAUGUUUCCAUAUGGAUUUUCUAUGGUUAAUGUUACUUGAAUUCUUGGUUUUAAAAUAAAAAUUCUGAAUGUACA